UUAGAAUUUCAAAACUCAUUCUCUCUAACGGUAGAAGAAUCUAAACACUCUGAAGCUUCUUUUCUAUGCUCUGUUUUUGUACUCCAAAAAGUUCUCUAUUUAUACUUCUUCUCCAUCUAUAAUCACAGAUAUUCAAAGCAAAGCAUCAUCAUCCAUGGCUAAUUUACUUCACAAUUCUUCCUUCUUCCUUCUUCUCUGCCUCUUUCAUCUCAUACUCGUCGCGAAAUCACAGUCAUUUAUAGGUAUAAACUAUGGUCAAGUUGCGGAUAAUCUCCCGGCACCGGAGGCAACAGCCAAGUUACUACAGUCCACUUCAAUUCAAAAAGUCCGAUUAUACGGAUCCGACCCGGUAAUCAUCAAAGCUUUAGCAAAUACCGGCAUCGGAAUCAUGAUCGGAGUAUCCAACGGUGAUAUUCCGGCGAUGGCAUCCGACCCAAACUUUGCUAAAGGAUGGCUAAGCUCAAAUGUACUUCCAUUUUAUCCGGCAAGUAUGAUCAUCGUAAUCAACGUCGGAAAUGAGGUUAUGUCUUCAAACGAUCAAAAUCUGAUGACGAAUUUGUUGCCGGCAAUGCAAAAUUUACAAAAAGCCCUAAAUGAAGUUUCAAUUGGAGGGAAAAUUAAGGUCUCUACGGUUCACUCUAUGGCUGUUAUGAAGCAAUCGGAUCCUCCAUCUUCUGGAAGUUUCGAUCCGAAUAUUGGGGAUUUGUUGAAAGGAUUGUUGGAGUUCAAUAGAGCUACUGGUUCCCCUUUUGCCAUUAAUCCUUAUCCGUUUUUCGCUUAUCAGAGUGAUCCUAGACCUGAUACUUUAGCUUUUUGUUUGUUUCAACCUAAUUCUGGUCGAGUUGAUGCUGGCACCAAGAUUAAGUACACCAACAUGUUUGACGCUCAGGUGGAUGCAAUAAGAGCAGCGCUUAACGCAAUGGGAUUCAAGGAAGUAGAGAUUGUCAUUGCGGAAACAGGGUGGCCUUAUAAGGGAGACAGCAAUGAAGUUGGGCCAAGUAUUGAGAAUGCAAAGGCUUACAAUGGCAAUUUGAUUGCUCACUUGAGGUCAAUGGUUGGUACUCCUUUGAUGCCUGGCAGAUCAGUAGAUACCUAUCUCUUUGCCAUGUAUGAUGAGGAUCUGAAACCAGGACCAACUUCUGAGAGAUCCUUCGGACUUUUCAAGCCUGAUUUAACCAUGACUUAUGAUAUUGGACUUUCUAAAACUAACAGCCAGGUUCCAACACCAAAAACUCCGGUGUCUCCCUUGCCGAAUGCAUCCUCAAAUGCUCCUGUUACUCCCCCGCCAAAUCCAGCGCCAAAAGCUCCUGUGACCCCCUCGCCAGAUCAAACGCCAAAAACUCCGGUGACUCCCUCGCUGGUUCCAACACCAAACACCACAGUGAGUCCCCCGUCACCGAAGACAGAGAAAAGUGUUAAGGCAGGUGUAUCAGAUGCUCAAUUGCAAGCAAAAAUCAACGUGGGGAUGCUUGUUUUGAGCCAAAUACUGUGGUACCCCAUGCCGCAUAUGCGAUGAAUCUCUUAACCAAAAUUCAGUAAAGAAUCUUUUGAACUGUGAUUUCUCACAGAGAGCAUUCCCUCUCAUCCACAAAUCAUAGUAAGCUGUUCUGUCAGGAAAUCUUAUUAGCUCAGUUGGUUGACUAUCUUGACUAUCUGGUGAGACUUCGAUUCCCCACCUUGUAAUCUUCCCUUGUUUCCCCUUCCCCUACCCUAAAAAAAAGCUGUCUACUGUUUCUAGAUUUCAAAGGUUCUAUUUUUGCUUAGAUUUUGUACCCAAUGAUUGGAAAAGUAACUAAUCCUCCCUUGUUUCCCCUUCCCCUACCCUAAAAAAAAGCUGUCUACAGUUUCUAGAUUUCAAAGGUUCUAUUUUUGCUUAGAUUUUGUACCCAAUGAUUGGAAAAGUAACUAAAUCUACUAGUGGAAAAUGCAAUAUUUUGAGGUUAUAAUGGCUGCAGUGAGAAGUACUUGAGAGCAGAGGCAAUUUGUAAUAUCAUGUAGGAUAGCAGAAUGUUUUCUCUUGUUCUUGUUAUUGUGAAGUGAAUGGUGUAUAUUUUGCGUGAAUAAAAUGAUCACCCAAAAUACAGAUUCUAUUA